AUGUCGCAAAGGAGUCAAACUAAAGCCUCCAAAAAGAGAAACAAAGCAAACCCGGAAGAAUCAAACACUGCGAAAAAAUCCGGAGCGAUUUGCUCAUUCCAAGGUCCUGGCCCGAGGUACAAACUGAAACCGCUCGUCGGGUAUGAUGACCAUUGUUUCUCAAAAUACCGUAAUCCAGCUUUUUCGAUUCUUGGGAAGAGUUUGAAAGGAUAUAUCGCGGCUGAUGGACCCGGUCCGAAAUAUCGACCAGAGUUUCCACCAGCACAAGGGUUUUCCCUCGGAAUGCUACUCAAAGGAAAAAAAUACGAGUGCACUCCUGGUCCUUAUAAUAUACCUCCGUACACUCCGACACCGGCGUUUUCAAUAAAAUGGCGAACGAAAGCUCGAGGGGGAUUAGUCUCGGCUGGACCGUACUACAUUCCGAGAGACCUCAACGGCCCUGCUUUCACCAUGGGUGCACGCCUUCCCUCUGGCCGAAACGACUGCGGCCCGGGACCAGGACUGAUUAAGGUGGACAUGGUGAAGCCGCGUGCUCCAGCCUUCAGCCUACGCGCCCGGCCUGCUGAUAGAAUCAAAUGCGCCAGUCCUGGACCCUACGAUCCCGUCAACUUAGACAAAGCGCCUGCAUUCUCAUUUGGAGUUAAACAUAGUCCUUGUGCACCACCUCUAAUAACCAAAUGCGAUCAAGUUUGCUAA